AGUCACUCCGUAGCCGUGAUACUAUACUGUGAUACUAUACGGAGAUAUGUACUCAGUAUAAUCCAACCUUGGCUACCCUAGCUGUGACGGUUAUAAAGCUUUAUUAUUAUUUUAUUAGUGCUAGAAGGACAAAAUGGGAACAGGAGACAGGAAUCAAAACUCAAUAUUAAAAGGAAUCCUACAAAAUGGUUCCACCUUCAAUUAUCCUGCUGUUCGGUUUGGACGGGUACCUAAACGUGAAAAGGCCAAAAUUUUGGCCGCCAUGCAGUCAAGCAAGGCCAAGAUCAUGGAGAGCCGAGUUCUUUUUGAGAUGUCGGACGAGCGUAAGAUAAUAGACACAAUUGUUCGCGCGCAUUAUGAUACUUGUGAUUAUACAGUAGAGAAGAUAAAACCGUUUAUUAGCGGUGCACAAAAUCAACUCAAGCUUGCAACAUGCACGGGACAGACGUGUCCGAUGAAAGGAGGCUCAGAACAGUCUUUCUUAGAUGAGUUUUCAGAUAGAUUUAUGGAUCAUGUUAGACAGGUUUGCACAUUUGCAAAAUGUAUUCCUGGUUUUAAAUGUCUUCAACAUGACGACCAGGUUACCCUCCUCAAGUCCUGUGUAUUCGAGGUUCUAACAGUUCGUCUUUCCGGACUAUUCAGUAAUCAGAGCUUGGUUUGCUUGAACGGGGAUGUGAUACGGCGGGAGACGAUAUCUGCGAUGCCAGCAGGAAACGCCAAGUUCCUCAUGGACAGCGUUUUCGAGCUGGCGCAGAGGAUCAACAGAUUUAGGCUCUCAGAUGCCGAGAUCGGUCUCUUCUGUUCCGUCGUCAUUAUUACAGCAGAUCGUCCUGGUUUGCGGAACCCGGAGCUGGUUGGAAAAAUGCAGAGUAAGCUGAAGAAUGUUCUCCAGAAUAUCUUGGUUCCCCAGCAUCCACAGAACACAACCAUGUUCUCCGAGCUCCUCACCAUCAUUCACGACCUCAGGACCCUCAACACACUUCAUACAGAGAAAUUCCUACAUCAGGCCAAAGCUACGAGGGACGAGGUCCACGCCGCCACCUCUCCCCAGUCCAACCACUCCCAGGUCAUGUACGAUAGGGACUGGGAGGACAACAACAUGGACCAGGACUCUACGGGGUCCAGGAGUCCACAGUCAUCAGAUAGUCCCGCUACCAGUCACUCUUUCAGUAUGGAGGACCUGAGAAGGUCUCCAAUGGGUUCAGUCUCGAGCAGUGAGUCCCUUGGGAACUCAGAACCCUUCAGUAAACUUUCUGUAAAUGAUUUAAAGAUCCAUGGUGUUGGAUCCGUCCUGCUAAACGCACUUACCUCUCCGGCCCUGUCCCAGGUCGGAGGGAACAGGAAAAGAGAAAUGUCCAGGUUGAGUGAAACCGGAGCCAGAUCUCACGGUGAACUCGGAACCAGCUCCGGAGAACAGAAAUGUCCGUUUAACACGAGAAAACUGGAUUCUCCAAGUGAUUCCGGAAUUGAUUCACCAAAGGCACAAGGUUCACAAAGUACAAACACGAGCGUAUGCUCCAGCCCUCGCUCCAGUAUGGAGGAAGCCCAGGGUGGAGAGGAGGAGAGACAUGAAUCCUUGGAGGAGCAGCAUCCACUGCUUAAACGUGCUCUACAGCAACCUCCACAGCCCUUUAACAUGGGUGGAGUAUCCAUGUUUCAGGACGAGGUAUAUAAACCACACAAAAAGUUCAGACAUAGUGGAAGACGGGACGGAGAUGAACCCACCUCAUCAACUCAGGACUCAUCUUCUCCUGGUCCUAGUCUAGUACACACACACAGCAUCCUUGCUACACAGUUGGCGGCUCCGCCCUCCUUUAGUCAGACCAGGAGGUCCCCGCCCCCACAGUCUCUACUUGCUUCUACCCUGAGUAGACCCGUCUCGGUUGCGCGAGCGAAGCGGGACGAGGAACGAAGCGAACUUCUGGCAAACCUGAUUCUUGACAGUGGAAGAUACAGACCUGGGAAAUCACAGUCUUUGUUAAUGUGCGCACCUCUACCUGCGCACACAAACAUUCCUGAACUUUGGGGAGCGCAGUCGACCAGUCGACAUAUACCUGUCCCUGUAGCUCCCUCCCAACCUUCAUCCUCUACCCUGGCCUCUCCUAGACCAGCCUCAAGACCAAUAGAAGCACAGAAAUCCUCCCAACUAAGGUCUGCCCUGACAGACUCUCAACCUCUAAACCUCUCGGUUCGAACUCCUCCUCCUCCUCCCUCCAACAGCAUACCGGCAGAACGCGCUUAAUUCAAAUCACAAAUGUGUGCAUACAGAUUUUAAAUGACUUUAUGCGCUCAGCGCUCUAUUUAUUCAACCAGAAAUACGAUCCUUAAAUGUUUCCAAGUGAUUGGCGUCUAUAUAUAUUUCUUUAGUGUCUACUAUCCUUACCUGGAGGCCGGUAGAUAUUCAGCCUCUUCUCCUCAUAACUUGGGCUAUUACUCAUUUCAUAGAGGCAUUAGAGUUGACCCCUCCUAGCCAUAGCGCUGGGUGUCGGUCAACCAACCUUACUGUACAGGAUUCAAAUUGUAAAUAGGUUUACUAGGUGUACAAACACUACAUACAUAUAGGCAAAUAUCAGCCGUACUCGAGUCAUUUGGAGCGGUGCAAUAAUACCCCCCCCCCCCAUCCCACCCACCCUCCAUAAAAUUGUGAUACCAAUACAAAACCAAUUCUACAAGCUCGGCAUUUACAGAUGUAGCGACAGAUAUGUAUUAAAAACCACAUCAGUCUUAAAAAUGCAAAUUCGGACCCUCUCUUGAUAAAAAAUUUAUUUUUUCAAAAAUCUGUAAUCUGAUAAAACCAUGGAGCAAAUGUUUAAAAUCCUAUUUGAUGAAAUUAGUAUGUAUUUACUGGCUCACUGUUGUAAGAUGUUAUAUUACCAAAAAACCGUAAUAAAUUCAACAUUAGAAGUCACUUGAAAAAUCUCUUCUCUUAGAAAUAUUAGUUUUGUUCCCGGUGUCAUGUUUUUUCUCUUCAGUUUUCAAACCAGAGUAAGUAAAAUUUUCAAACAUAAUUAGAGUUGAGAUUUUUGGGUGAUGAUUUAGAUCUCCUUGUCUAGUUAUCUAUCUCUCCUACAAAGUUCAGGACUCAGGUUUAGAUAUUGAGUUCUGGUCAGUGCUGAACUUAGAUCUGGAGCUUAAGAUAAAAAUUAGACCUAGAACUCCAAUUCUUAAUGCAAAACUUAGACCUAGAACUUUAACAUUUGUUAAGUAAAGAUCUAGGAUGGAACUGAACCUAUAUCUAGGAUGGAACUAAACCUAUAUCUAGGAUGGAACUAAACCUAGAUCUAGGAUUAAACUUAACCUUGAUCUAGGAUGGAACUAACCCUAGAUCUAGGAUGGAACUGAACCUAAGUCUAGGAUAGAACUGAACCUAAAUAUAGGAUGGAACUGAAUCUAUAUCAAGAAUUAAACUGAACCAAUAUCUAGGAUGUAACUAAACCUAUAUCUAGAAUUGAACUAAACCUAUAUCUAGGAUGGAACUAAACCUAGAUCUAGGAUUAAACUUAACCUUGAUCUAGGAUGGAACUAAACUUAUAUCUAGGAUGGAACUGAACCUAAAUCUAGGAUGAAACUGAACCUAAAUAUAGGAUGGAACUGAACCUAUAUCAAGAAUUAAACUGAACCAAUAUCUAUGAUGGAACUAAACCUAUAACUAGAAUUGAACUAAACCUAUAUCUAGGUUAGAACUAAACCUAUAUCUAGGAUGGAACUAAACCUAGAUCUAGGAUUAAACUCAACCUUGAUCUAGGAUGGAACUAAACCUAUAUCUAGGAUGGAACUAAACCUAGAUCUAGGAUGGAACUGAACCUAUAUCUAGUAUUGAACUGAACCUAUAUCUAGGAUGGAACUAAACCUAGAUCUAGGAUGAAACUAAACCUUGAUCUAUGGUUGAACUAAACCUGAACCUGAACCCGAGAGCGGAGAAGUGUGCAUGAAGUGUAUUUGUAAGCUUGAGAGUUGGAUCUAUGAACCUGUCAGUUAAAUAAAUGUGACUAAAGUUGAAA